AUGAAAAUAAGCCUUUUCCUGUCAUAUUUUGCCGAAAAUGCGGUUUUUGGGCAAGAUUGGAUGGCUUCAAUAAGAAGUGGCCCAACAAGCCAGGAAUUCCAAUCGGCGAGUCCCAGAUGCGGUCGACCCCGAGUUCACCACCAAUGGAACCUUUUCUUCGAGCUGCCAAGCAGAAAACGACGAUCGUUCUCACCAAUUACAAAUGAAGAAUCCUCAGCAGAAACAAGCGGUCAGCGAUCUUACGGGUCACUUGAUCGAAAAUGGUUCAACAAGGCCAAGAAAGCGGAAGAAUCACUUACAAGUAAGGACUCGCAGCGGUUGGUUGGCGGUCAUGAAGCCGUGCCUGGAUCGUGGCCCUGGCAGGUCUUCAUAAAAUUGAGUGGCAAAACUCAGUCCUAUGAUUGUGGCGGUUCAAUAAUAGACUCAAAGUGGAUCAUCACAGCCGCUCAUUGUGUUCCUUAUCGAGUCAUUCCGUCACGUUCCUACGUCCUCCCUGGAGUUCAUGAAGUUAGAACAUCAACUGGAAGCAGGCGCUACAGAGUCAAGCGUGUUAUCACGCACGAAGAUUACGGCGUGCCAAUCAUGGACAACAACGACAUCGCUUUAAUUGAGCUGAGUGAGCCGCUGAGGUUUUCUGAUAGAAUACAACCAAUCUGCCUGCCAGAUGCACAAGCUUGUCUACCAGAGGGGACGAAAUGCGCCGCCACCGGCUGGGGAGUUACUGAUAAAACAGGAAUCUCGCCCCCACCAAACGCGCUUAAUGAGCACCAAAUUUUGGUUCAAAAGUUUUUUGGUUGCACAAGUUUGAAUGUCAGAAAUUGUCUGUAUCCAUGUUUUUUGCUCAUCGAGAACAACACGUGCUGGAACAUGCACUCGGAUUACCACGAUCAGCUCUCUGCGCAAAUGGUUUGUGCGGGCUACAAGGAAGGAGGCCGCGAUGCUUGUUUGGGCGAUUCUGGGGGGCCUUUGGCUUGCCAAGUUGAGGAGAAUGGGCCUUGGAUGCUGUAUGGAAUCACUUCUUGGGGAAUCGGGUGUGGCGAUCCACUUCAUCCGGGUGUUUAUGCUCGAGUUACAGCUCUCAUUGAUUGGAUAACAAAAGUUUCUAGAGUCGAAGCUUCCAUUUUCGGCUCUGAUUGGGGCCUUACUUGUUCCCAAUCCAGCAAUAAUCAGGAAAAACCAAUUGAACCUUCGCCCACGAAAAUUUCUCAAACCCAGCUGGCAAAGACUUCAACGACAAUGUCGGCGCCUGUUGCUGCUAAACCGACAGAAUUCAUCACCUCCUUGAAUGUCCAGAAACAGGUUGAACUUGAUCUUCAGGAUUUUGAAUCUUGCGGCGGAAGAAGCGACAAACUCUUGGGUCAACUCUCAAUCGCGAAAAUUGGCGCUGAAUAUCCAAACGGAGUCACUUGUCGAUGGAACAUCGAGCCCGCUUCUGAAAAUCAAUUCGUCGAAAUCACCUUCAAACGAGCCAGCAUGGGAAACUGCAAGGAUAAAGGAUUCGGCAAUGGCGUGUCCCUCCCGAGCGACUACGUGGUUGUGCUUGAUGAAAAUGAACGUGUCAUAAGGGCAAACAUUUGCAAAGCCUCCGGAAAAGCCCCUGUCAAGGUUUAUGCGAGAAAAUCAGCUUCUGUCAUCAUGCACUCUUCGAAAUCAUCGUCAAACUCAAAACAAGGCUUCAAACUGCGCUUCGAAUCGAUCCCCUACAUUCCAAGCCGCUGUGGGGACAAAAAAUUUGUGGAACUUCUUCCCGAUCAAGUUCAUCACAUCACAUCAAUGAACUGGCCAGCAAAGUACAAUUCUAACGCUGCGUGUGAUUGGGUCAUCGAAGCUCCGCUGGGUCAUGUGGUUCUCGCCGAAGUUGUUGAUUUCUGGAUUGGAGGAAGUAGCAUGAACGAGUGCACAAAAUCUCACCUUAUCAUCAACGAUUCGGAUGAAAAAGAACUCGCAAAAAUCUGCGGAAGAAUCGCUGAGAAUGCCCUUCAAUAUCACAGCUACACAUCUUCGAAUCAAAGAAUGAGUAUCGACUUCAAAUCUGGCACUGUCGCUGUCAAACGGGGCUUCAGAAUUCGCCUCAGAGCCGUCCCUAGUGGUUCAGUCAAGGAGACAAGAAGCUUGACAAAUGAAAACAUCAGUACAGAAAUACUCGUCGCUAGAAUGGAGAAACUACUGGGAAUUCUCAAGGGUCGCCUUCAAAGUCAGCAACUUUAG